UGCAGGGUGGAUGGUGACGCUUUUUUCAAAAUGGAUAGAAGAGCACAGAGACUGAAUUUCACUUUUGGAAACCCCAACAUCUCUGUACCUGGAGAGGAAAUUGAAGAAGAAGCUGUUUAUGCUAAUGUAGCUGCACCCACUGCAAACAAAAGGAAAGCCACCUCAGCAGGACCCCUGCCAGACAAGGAAUCUGAAAAAAGAAGUUGCUUUAAAAAGUUGGCUUAUUGUUUUGGGAUUGCUUGUGUCAUUUUGUCGUUGGAAGUCGGUGGAGUGUUUGUCUACAUUGUAUCUAUUCAUGACUUGACGAGCCAGUUGAAGUCUCUACAGGAAGAAAAUUACAACUUGAACUCCCACAUCAGCAGUCUCACUUCAGAGAAAGAAAACUUGACCAGGAACCUUAGAAAUGUGACAGACCAGCUAAAUCAAAAGAGCAACCUGGAGACACAAAACCAGACGCUGGAGACAGAGAAGAAAAAGCUAACAGAACAAAUUCAAAACUUGGAGGCAGAGAUGAUUCAGCUCAACACCAGUCGAGCUCAAUGGAGCAUCAAUGCCUACUGUCAACAACAAGACAGCCCAAGAACAUGUAAACCAUGUGAGAGCGGCUGGUUACACAGUCAGUCCAGCUGUUAUGCAGUAAAUGACCAUAAUUCUGCUGGUCAGAGAAACUGGGAAGAAGCUCAAAAAGACUGCAGAGGAAAAGGUUCAGACCUGGAUGUUGUAGCUGAUGACAAUGAAAAGAAAACUAUCAGUGGUUACAGUUGGUGGAGUUCUGGGGUCAAAGGAUACUGGAUCGGUCUGAGAGCAAAAGAUGGGCAAUGGAAGUGGGUUGAUGGAAGUGAUUUAGCUAACAUCUCCUGGAUGACUGAACCUGCCACUGAUGGUCGAUGUGUAAUCUCUGUCCACAAUGAAGGAUGGAAAUCAGUGAGCUGUGAUGUAAAGCAGCGGUGGAUCUGUGAAAAGGCAGCUUUAUCUGUUUAAACCUGCAGU